AAGAAUGGAGUUUUCCAUAAUCCAUAUACACAAGCUGCCUAAAUGAAGCUCUUGUUAACUCUAUAUAUCAAGAAAAUCCAAAUGAAUAAGCGCGUUUACUGAUACAUAUAUUUAUUCUUUUGCAAUAUUCUCCUCUCUCCCCUUGCUCAUUCCCUGUCUUUAAAGGCUUUAUUUUUCUUGUUCUUCAAGUGUUUUACAGCUAAUGUGUUAUGUGUGCAUAUGUGAAGUGAGGGAUAUAUGCAAAUCCUUCAUCAGUGGCUCAAAGUUGUCCAUACAUCAAAGGAAUAACGUUAAACGCUCUAAUGGAAGACAAGCAACUGAACCUAAAUCAACCCCUUCUGUCAGUAAGGCGAAUCUCAUCAACGACGACCACAGGUAGUAAAGAUGAUAAAAGGACAACUGAUAUCUCGAGCUAUACUGUUCCUCGGCCUCCUCUUUACAAAUCGGAACUGAAGUCUGGCCCCGUGAGUAAUCCCGGAGUUGUGCCAUUCCUUUGGGAACGGAGCCCUGGAAGACCGAAGGAUGAAGCGAGUCCACAAACUGAUAAUAGGUUUCCUAUUGUUCCAAGACUUCCCCCUGGUAGAACUUUGAAAGCUGACCCGAAGAACGUUACUAAAGCUCCUCAAAGUCCAACUAUUGCGAAGAGUGAAAUGGAAAACGUUCCUCGUGAGUCACAGCAUUUCCAGCCUUCGAGCAGGAAGGUAAACAAGCCGGGGAGUUUUGGCAGCUCGAGUGAUACUGUGGAGGAUGAAGAGAAAUUUGAGUCAGCGGAUGAAGAUGAAACGUAUGUAGAUGCCCUCGAUACGCUCUCAAGAACUGAAUCGUUUUUCCUGAAUUGUAGUGUUAGUGGCUUGAGUGGAUUGGAUGAACCAGAGAGGAGCCCAUUGGGAGCCUUUCCAACAGAUCCACAAACUCGGGGUUUCAUGAUUGAUCGAUUUCUGCCAGCAGCCAAGGCCAUGGCUUCAGACAUGACUUCUGAAGUACCUCAAUAUGCCCCCAGGAAGCAACCAGUUGUUCACGAGCAACCACAACAGCCAAAGAAGGGAAUAAAAGCAGAUAGGAGACCUCAACUUCGUUAUGGACCUAGUUUUGCCAAGCACUAUUACCAAUCUCAUGAUUAUGCAAAAGAAGGAAGUGAUGAUGAUAACGACGAGAAUGAACAUGUAUAUUUACCUCCUAAAGCCUGUGGUUUACUGCCUCGUUUUUGUCUGAAAAGUCCAUUUUUCCUUAUGAAUCCAGUACCCGGAAUGAGGACUCAAGUACCCAUGUCUCCCAUCAGUAAAACCCAGACUCGAUCCUCAUCUGCUGGUUCCUGUAGUGGAACUGAGAAUGAGCGAUCAAUAUCAGAUGGAAGUGAGCAACAGUCCGUGUUUGGACUCCUAACAGCUGAGCCUUACGAAAGUACAAAUGACUUGGAGGAUGAAUUCAAAAUGAAAACCACCCGUACGGUUAAUGAUCACAAACUUGACGGAUCAUCCACGUAUAAGGAAUUAUCAGGAAAUGGCAUCUCAGCCUACCAUGAUGAACCGCCUCAAAGGUAUGACAUGAAAGCUAGCCUUUCAACUCGGGGAAAAUCAGAUAAUACUGGUCAGAGUAAUGCAACACAAGAAGAUUCAGGCAAUCCUGUUGUAGAGAAAACUCUUUAUGUAGAUACUAUGCACAAGGUAGAAUCUUUGAUUCAGGUACCAUGUUCUCCAGAGACAAAGGGACCACCUCAGUUGAUUAAAGAGGACUGUGAGAUUCUCACAGAGAAAAUAGGACAGAAACCGUUAGAUUUUCCUUUCUCAGAAGAUGGCAACCUAAACUCUGUGGAAAAAGGAACUAAAAUAAAGCCUGUGGUUCAAGAAACUCUUCAUCUCAUUCCACUCUUUUCAGCUGAUAAAUUGAAUUCUGAAGUUAGAAGGAAACCGAGGAAGGCUUAUGGAAAAGCCGAUCUCUUUUACAAAGGCUCAAAUGUAAAGCUUGACAGUGAAGUUGAUGAAAGUUCCAUAAAGAAAGAAUCAAGAACUGAAAGAUUGGAAAAUACACAGAGAGUGCUCUCGAAGUUUCCUGUACCCCCACCUUUGCCCAUGUCUCCCUCAGAAUCCUGGCUUUGCCGCACUUUGCCUUCACUGCCCACAAAGAAUUCUUCAUUACGACCCUAUCUUGGAAAUGGAAAUCCUAGAAACCAGGCAUUUAAGGUGCCAUCUGAUGAUCCCAAAUGGGAGACAAUGGUUAAAACAACAAAGGGGCACCACAAUCAUUUGCGAUACUCUCAGGAGACAAUGGCAUUGACCCCUAUUCCAGAAACUCAGUAGCACAUCUUCAUCAGAUAUCCUCUGGAUCUUCCCUGUACCUUAUCUGAUCGCUUGAAAAGAUUCCAAGGUGUUCAAAUUCAGAAAAAAAUACAGUUUUUGCGAUAUAUAAUAAACACUAUACUCUUCAUACCAUUACAGUGGGGUGAUAAUUGUAUCUUCUUGCACCCGUUUCUUGACCUGUAAUUAUAUAGACAAUAAAUUUUUUCCCCUUCAAGUGCCAUCAUGUCUGUUAAUUUACUAUCUAUUUUCAAAUGAUUGAUGGAUUUGUAAAGAGAACAAUGUCUUGUAUACAUUACAAUAAAAGGGUAUUUCUGGUCUCCAUGUAAAA